AUGGUAUCUCAGCUUGGCACUUGGGCAGUGGACAUUCAUUCAUGGGACCCACCUCAGGCACAAUGGAAGUCUUUAGUCGAUGCAUUGGAUCUUGAAAGCCAAAAGGACGUCACCUCAUAUCGCCAUAUGAUCGACUCAAAGAGAUGUCUGGUUGGCAAGCUAUUGGUGCGUGCUAUCGUCUUCGAGCUCUAUGGUCUGAAUCCGACCUCCCUGAAGUUCUCGCGGACAGAGCUAGGUCGACCAUACAUGUCGAGCCAACUACCUAAUCACGCAUAUUUCGAUUACAACAUCUCGCACGAUUCGGAUUUGAUUGUUUGUGGCUAUAUAGCAACUUUUGAAGCCUCUCAGUUCCUUCAAAAAAUCGGCGUAGAUGUGAUGCAACUGAAAUUACCACGGGGAGAACAGUCCAUUGAGACGUUCGCCGAGAUGCUCUCUGAGUCACUUACCGGUACCGAGAAUGAUCUGAUCAGACAGCCUUCAUCAUCACCCUCGGGACGUACUACCGACGAGAUCCUCCUGGAUCAUUUACUUCAGCUGUGGACUCUCAAGGAAUCUGUAGUGAAAGCAAUGGGUGUGGGUCUAUCAAGGGAACUGACAACCAUCAAUUUCUCAGCACUUCCUCCCUCAAACCAAUCUUUCUUCGUCUACUCCGAACCCACGAUUAUGAAGAUGGAGCAACAAGUGGAUAUCAAGUUCUCCGUAGAUGGGAAAGUUUGUGAAGGCUGGUCUAUCUGGAAUACGAUCCUCCACCUUCCUCGCGAGAUAGCACUUGAUCGAUACGUCCUGUCUGUUGCUGUGCAAUUUGGAAAGGGAGCUGACUCGGAUGGAACCUGCAUACAUGGUGUGAAUUUUAAGCCUAUUGAAGAGUUGGUGACGGCGAGCUUGAGGAAAUAGCUGCUAAAGCAUGAGGUAUUGUCUGUGAUAUGGUCUUUUGUUAUUUUCAGAAUCUCAUUAGUGGUGUAAAGCAAAGGGAUGGAUGUGUAAGAUCAAUUUUUCAAUUCGUAUCACGAAUUGAAGGUUCAGC